UUAUAGCGAGACUGCGGCAGGCCGUCUGACACUGGGGGGGAACUGACUAACUGUCACUGAUCCCCAGUGACACCAAUACAGUGAUCAGUGCUAAUAAAAAGCACUGACACUGUACUAAUGACACUGGGCAGGAAGGGGUUAACAUCUGGGGCAAUCAAAGGGUUAACUGUGUGCUAUUUUACUGUGUGCUGUGUGUGUGCUUUACAUUGUAAGCACACUCCUUUGUAUGCUUCCAUACAAAUCAGUGUGCAGCAGCUGACAGAGGAGAGAUCUGUAUUGUUUGCAGGCACCCCUACCCGGAAAUGCAAAAUC